AACAUUGUGAUGCAGUCAGGGUUGUCACCUGAGCUUCCCUUUACUAUACAAAGUGUUGGGAUAAGAAGGUGUGGUACAGUCCCUUUACAAAUGCCAAGUCAGUGGAAAAACCAGCUCAGGUGAGGGGAUCUCGUAGCGAAUGCUGCCUGCCACUUACAUGAUAUUUGUUUGAAAACAACACCGUCUUGCCUUACAUAGAUUAAUAUCGACCGCAGCUUCGCGUUACGGAACCACUAGCGCGUGCAAGUCAGCAUAUGCCCCAGGGAUACUUUCUAAGUCAUCUGCUCAGCCUAUUUAGGGAACAGUGCCCUGCAGAAUCAAACGCCCUUCGAGCUCAGAAACUCCAAAGUGGUCGCUCAGUCCACCAUGAAGAUCGAGCUGCUUCCGGCCCUCACCGACAACUACAUGUACCUGCUCAUCGACGAGGAGAGCAAAGAGGCAGCUAUUGUGGAUCCCGUGCAGCCCCAAAAGGUUGUGGAUGCAGUGAAGAAACAUGGAGUUAAACUGACCACUGUCCUCACCACACACCACCACUGGGAUCACGCUGGUGGAAAUGUGAAACUUGUGAAGAUGGUGUCUGGGUUAAAAGUAUACGGAGGGGACAGCAGAGUUGGGGCACUAACACGGAAAGUAUCCCAUCUAACCACGUUCCAGGUGGGGUCACUCCAUGUGAAAUGUCUCUAUACCCCUUGUCACACAUCAGGGCACAUCUGCUACUAUGUCACAAAGCCAAACAGCACAGAGCCACCCGCAGUGUUCACAGGUGAUACCCUCUUUGUGGCAGGGUGUGGGAAGUUCUUCGAAGGGACGGCAGAGGAGAUGUACGCAGCUUUGAUUGAGGUCUUAGGCCGCCUCCCACCUGAAACGCGAGUCUACUGCGGGCACGAGUACACCAUCAACAAUCUCAAAUUUGCUCGGCACGUGGAACCAAACAAUGAGGCAAUAAAACAAAAGUUGGCUUGGGCAAAGGAGACUUACUACAACGGAGAACCUACUAUCCCUUCUACUCUUGCUGAAGAAUUUACAUUUAAUCCUUUUAUGAGAGUGAGAGAGAAGUCCGUGCAGGAACACGCUAGGGAACAAGACCCCAUCUCUACAAUGGGAGCAAUCCGUAAGGAAAAGGAUAAUUUCAAGGUGCCAAAAGACUGAACCCCCCCCAGAAUUUGUUUAUGCUUUUUCUGUUUCCAACACCAGCUCCCCCCCCCCCCUCUUUAUUAUUUUGUGGGAGGAUGAUCCUUUCUAGCACUAAUUAUUUUGUUAUAAUCCUCCCUUUUAGAACAUUUAUUUUGCUUUUGUUAUUGAGGUACAAAAGCAUUGGCAGAACAUCGGUUGGCCAACUGGGCAGAUUCCUGGCCUGUGUAUUUGGUGAGACUGUUCUCCUUCCCUGUGUGAUACUCAUUUAGUGACUCAGAUAUUAUACAGGGUGGGUGGGGGGAUCCAGAUAUUGAGGGACUGCACAGGUCAGUUUCUGAUUGGUCUGCAUGGAUCCCAGUAGACAGGCCACUGUGGUGCCAUUUUUGCCCCAAGGGCUAAGCACACGGCAAUAUUGGUCCCACCAAAGGCUGGUUAUAUUGGACAAGUCCCAAACAAGCAAAUAAUGUGCGUAUGGCAGCUUUAGUGCACACUUCUUCUAUAUCAAUCAGACCAAACCAUCAUGAGAGCUACUUGCGGUAAUGUCCUUCCAAUCACGGCUCAGCUUGACCUAAAUGACCACGAGUUUGCUCCACCUGAUACAGGACUGAAUUGGCUGACGCUUGUUGUUCAUGUGACCAAGUUGUACUGAACCCUU